CGUCUCCUUUCUCUUCUUCCCCACUGCGAAAUUCAGUUCCAUUUCGUCGCGUCCCGUCCCGUCCCGCCCCGCCCCGUCCGACGUUAGCGAGAGUGGCGACGCAGCGGUACAGACAUCUGAACGAACCAUAUAUGUAUAUAUAUGUAGUAUAUAGAGGCAGAGAGAGAGAGAGAGAGGAGUGAGGAGGAGGAAGAAGGGCUUUGGGGGGGUUUUUGGUUUUCUUUCUGGGUCGAGAAAGGGAAAAGAAAAUUUGCAGACUGUUUACUUUUCGAUCCCUCCCGAACCGACUUGUCCGCUGGUUUUUGUUUCUGUCCCGAAUUUUACGCUUCUUUUUGGCUGAUAUAUACGUUGAUAUAUGUUGCUUUUAGAUAUAUUCGAGUGUGUAUUUAUGCAUAUUCAUGUAAUCUCUAUGUCUGUCUUUUAUACGCAUUUUCAAACCGUUUUCUGUGAAACCCUCGACACCAUUUGCGCUGUAUCUGUUCCUUGUCUAAACCCUUGUCUCUGUAGAAUUCAGAUAUCGUCUUCGCAUGGGCGAUGCUCCGGCUAGUUCUCAGCCGCCGGACGACGUCGUGCCGGAAGAUGGCCCAUUUAUGGCGCCGAACCCUGAUCCUUUGUCGAUUCCGGCGGAGAGUUGGGUGGUAGCUGAGAAAGCGACCAGAGAAGUGAUUGGCUGCAUCCACCCCACUAUGGACUCAGACGAGAAGAGGAAGGAUGUGAUUGAAUAUGUCCAGAGACUCAUCAGAUGUUCGCUCGGAUGCGAGGUUUUCCCAUAUGGUUCUGUGCCACUGAAGACAUACCUUCCUGAUGGAGAUAUUGAUCUGACUGCCCUCAGCCGUCUUACUGUUGAGGAAACUUUUGCCCGUGAUGCAUUUUUUGUUCUACAAGGGGAAGAAUGGAAUGAAAAUGCUGAAUAUGAAGUGAAGGAUACACAAUUCAUUGAUGCUGAGGUUAAACUUGUGAAGUGCUUGGUGCAGAAUAUUGUUGUGGAUAUAUCCUUCAAUCAGCUAGGAGGCCUUUGUACGCUAUGCUUUCUCGAGCAGGUUGAUCGUCUUUUUGAAAAAGAUCAUCUAUUCAAGCGUAGCAUUAUUCUGAUUAAGGCUUGGUGCUAUUAUGAAAGCCGUAUUCUUGGUGCUCAUCAUGGUUUAAUUUCUACAUAUGCUUUGGAAACACUGGUCUUAUAUAUUUUCCAUCUGUUUCAUGCAUCGUUAAAUGGGCCUCUGGCGGUUCUCUACAGAUUUUUGGAUUACUAUAGCAAUUUUGAUUGGGAAAACUACUGUAUUAGUUUGAAAGGUCCUGUUAACAAAUCUUCCUUGCCUGAUAUAGUUGUUGAGAUGCCAGACACAGUGGGGCAUGAUUCAAUGCUUACUGAAGAAUUUCUUAGAAACUGCAUGGACAUGUUCUCAAGUCCAUCAAGGGGGCUUGAAACAAACUCACGAUCAUUCCCCCCAAAGAAUUUGAAUAUUAUUGAUCCCCUGAAAGAACAUAACAACCUUGGGCGGAGUGUCCACAGAGGUAAUUUUUAUCGAAUUCGUAGUGCCUUGAAGUAUGGGGCUCGGAAGCUUGGUCAGAUCCUUCUAUUACCAAGAGAAAGAAUAGCAGAUGAGAUUAAGAGGUUCUUUGUGAACACUCUGGAGAGGCAUGGAUGUAAUUCAGGCAGUUUGUCCUUGUCAACUCAUUAUCUGAACUCAUUAGGUCUCGAUGUGGGCAGUAACAUACAAUUCGGAGAUAAUGAUCUAGACCCAUACUUGAUGAGGGACUAUGCUUUCCAGAUGGCGUCACAAAUGCCCUGCUCUAUACCUGAUUUCUAUGUCCCUGGGUCAUCUACGCGUACUGGGAAGCUGGAAAACAGGAAGUUGAGCGAAGUAAACACAGCAAAUGUUGAUAAGAAAAUGCAAUCUGACCUGGAGCACGGGGAGUAUCUGGGGGCUAGUAAUGGAGUUUAUUUUGGUUGCAAUAAUCAUGAGAGUUUGAGCUCUAUUGGUUCAGGAAUCUCAAGUCCGGAUGUUCUUUUUCCAGAUGAUUUGACCCACCUUCAUCUUAGGGAAGGGGACUUAGCUGAUAUUUCUGGAGGCCCCUUGGCAGACCUUGGUGGGGAUUACGACAGUCAUAUAAGGAGUUUGCUAUAUGGGCAAUGGUGCUAUGGGUAUGCCUCGUCCUCACUUCUGGUCUCUGAUCCUCCCUCAACCGCACCUAUCCUGCCUAAUCCCUCGUUAUCAACACCCCUUCUGCCUAAUCUUGCCCAUUUCCAGAGCCAAAGGCCAUGGGGUACCGCUCGUCGACCCAUGCCACUGCAGCAGAAUGUAAGUUCUCAAAUGCAGACAAAUAUUAUGGUCUCGGGACCAAUGCAAAGCAAAUCUGGUUUAUGUAAGGAAGACAGGCGUAGUAGAUCGCGGGGAACUGGCACAUUCAUUCCCAAUUCGAAUGGUAGUUUGUGCAGUGAGAGCUCCUCCUCCUUACAAGGGAGGGGAAAGGAUCGGACACCAGGGAAUCACCGUCCGGUCCAGAUACUCACUCGUCACAUGGGUUCUCCUCCUGCGAUGCCUGAGAAGAAGUCCUCGUCGUCAUCAUCAUCAUCUGAGGAAGGGAGCCGCGAGAUUCCAUCUGCACGCUCAGUGGCUCUGCAUCCUGGAGAGUCUGGAUUAUCCCGGAAUGUUACCCAGUCCAUGUCGGAUGUUCCGCGUGCUGCCCGUGCCGGUGCCGGUGCUUCUGCUGGUGCUUCUGCUUCCAUUACACCUCAGGAACUUAGGUUUGGAUCGUUUGGGCAUCCGCCAGAGGAAAGCAGCAGCAGCAGCAGCAGCAGCAGCGCAUCUUCUAGGGGUAAGGGAUUGAGUCCCAGCGUCGUGACACUGGAAAGGGUUGCAGAGCAGUUGUACCACCUGAAGAACGCAGAGGAUUUCCCUCCUUUGAGUUAGCAAGCAAGGAUGUUGAUGUUGCUGUUGAGUUCGUUUAGAUGAAAGAGCAAGACAUGACAUAGAUGCCUGCCAUAGUAUAGUAUAGUAUAGUAGAAAGGAUAAAAUACCAGUAGAGGAGAGAGAAAUGCUUUUCUGUUUUGUAGCCUUUUGUUUUCAAACUUAUUUAACUGUUGGUGUCGGGUUUGAUGUUGUAACCGGACAGUUGGUGUCUGUCUGUAUAUUCUUAUCUCCCUCCCUCCCUCCCUCCCUGUACAUUGCCGCCAUAGAGCAUACAGCGUAUAAUUACCUGAUAGAUAAUAAUAUUUACAUAGACCUUAGAAGAAGAAGAAAAGAAAAGAGCUUUGACCAA